GCCGCACCCGCCUUCCGGGUCGGGACCGUCCGAGCGGAGCCGAACCGGGACGGGCCGGGCCCACCGGGAGCGGCCGAGCUCCAGCGGGAGCAGCCGGGCCGAGCCAAACCCGACCGAGCAGAGCCGAACCGGACCGGGCCGGGAGCAGCCGAACCCGCUCGGAGCGGGCCGAGCGGAACCGGGAGCCGCCGAAGGCGCUCGGGAGUAGCCGGGAGCAGCCGAACCCGUUCGGAGCGAGCCGAGCGGAGCCGCCGAACCCGCUCGGGCCGGUUCCGUCGCGGGCCAUGGGGCAGAUCGAGUGGGCCAUGUGGGCGAACGAGCAGGCGCUGGCCGCCGGGCUCAUCCUGCUGACGGGCGGCAUCGUGGCCGUGGCGGGGCAGUUCAAGGGCUGGUACUUCGCGGCGUACUCCAUCGCUGCAGGCGUCCUGGUGUGCCUGCUCGAGUAUCCCAGGAGCAAACGGAAAAAGGGCUCCACCAUGGAGAGGUGUGGCCAGAAGUACCUGACAGCCGUGGUGAAGCUGCUGGGGCCCCUCACCAGGAAUUAUUACAUCCGAGCCAUCCUCCACGCUGCCCUGGCUGUCCCUGCUGGAUUCCUCCUCUCCACCAUCCUGGGCACCGUCUGCCUGGGCAUUGCCAGUGGCAUCUACCUGCUGGCCGCGGUGCGAGGGGAGGAGUGGAGACCCAUCGAGCAGAAGCCCCGGGAGAGGCCCCAAGGUGGGGGCACCAUGAAGGCGCCCCCCAGCAACCCCCCGCCCCGGCCGCCCCCCGACGCCCGCAGGAAGCAGCCGGAGCUGGGGGGGCAGGUGAACCCCAUCCCCGUGGAGGUGGAAUAAUGGGGAUCCCCUGCCCUGCUCCUGCUCCUGCUCCCCAGCUGCUCCUGGAUCCGCUGCAGCCAACCAUUGGGCUCCUGGGGUCCCCAAAACCCUGGUGCUGGGGUCCCCAGCUCCUUAUGAUGCUCAGAUCCCUCAGGGGGAUCAUCAGUUCCUCCUGGGCUCUCCAAGGGAUCCCCAAAUCCCCAGCAACGCUCAGCUCCCUGUAGGAUCUCCAUCCUCUGGGGAUCCCCAAAUCUCCUAAGAUGCUCAGCUUCUUGUAGGAUUUCCAAUUCCCUAUAGGGUCUCCAUCUCCUGGGGAUCCCCAAAUUCCAGCAAUGCUCAGCUCUUUGUAGGAUCUCCAUCUCCUGGGGAUCCCCAAAUCCCCUAAGAUGCUCAGCUCCUUGUAGAAUUUCCAUCUCCCUGUAGCACCUCCAUCCCCUUGAGAUCCCCCACAUCCUCUGAGAUGCUCAGCUUGUAGGAUCUCCAUCUCCCUGUAGGAUCUUCAUCUCCUGGGGAUCCCCAAAUCUCCAGCAAUGCUCAGCUCCUUGUUGGAUUUCCAUUUCUCUGUAGGAUCUCCUGGGGAUACCCAAAUCCUCUAAGAUGCUCAGCUCCUUGUAGGAUCUCCAUUUCCCUGUAGCAUCUCCAUCCUCUUGAGAUCCCCACAUCCUCUGAGAUGCUCAGCUUGUAGGAUCUCCAUCUCCCUGUAGGAUCUCCAUCUCCUGGGGAUCACCAAAUCUCCAGCAAUGCUCAGCUCUUUGUAGGAUCUCCAUCUCCCUGUAGGAUUUCCAUCUCCUGAGGAUCCCCAAAUCCGCUAAGAUGCUCAGCUCCCAAAUUCCCAGCAAUGUGAUGCUCCCUGUGGGGUUCCCAGUCCUCGGAGGCUUCCCAGCUUCUGGAGAUGCCCAAAUCCCUGGGCCUGCUCAACUCCCUGUGGGUUCUCCAGCUCCCAGGCACUCCCCAGCUCCUGGGCUCCCCAAAUCCCAAGAAUGUUCAGCUUCCUGUGGGGUCUGCAGCCCCCAAGGCCUUCCCAGCUCCUAAAGAUCCCCCAAAUCCUUGGAGAUUCUCAGCUCCUGGGAAACCCCAAAUCCCUGGGCAUGCUCAGCUCCCUGAGGGUCCCAACUCUCCAGGCACCCCCAGUUCCCUGGGGGAUCCCCAAAUCCCUGUGGAACUGCAGCUCUCAGGGAACCCCCAGCUCCCAGGGGGAUCAGGCAGCUCUGCUCCUGCUCUCCCUGGUUUUUGUCAUUUUUGUCAUUUCUGCAGUUGCUGUUGCAAUAAAAAGUGGGAAAGGC